CAUGGCCGGCAAAGAGGUUAAGUCAGAGGGGGCUUCUCAGAAAGAAUCAAGUGAGCCUCAGAAGCCUCUGUCUACAGCACAGAGACAAUAUAUACGGAGGAUGGAGCUCGAACAGUGGAAGAACAACGCACAGAAACUCCGUAAUCGUAACGUUGUAACCGGCCUAGUCAUUGGGGCUUUUGUGAUGGGCGUUUUUGGCUACACUAUUUAUUCGGUGUCACAGGAGAGGAUUUUGGAUGAGCUGGAUGAGGAGGCCAGAAUUGCCAUAGCGAGGGGUCCCAGGACAGGUGCCAACUGAGACUAUAGUACCUCUGGACUGAAUAUCACUCUACACUGCUCUGACUAGGCAGACAGAAUGGAUGUUGGGUGUCAUUCUUUGCCUGUCUGUAGGGCUGCUAUGUCCAAGGAUGCAUUUCUUUAGAAUGACACUGGUAAGUCAGAUCCCUGUCUUCUGCCCCAUACUGGCUGGACUAGGACUUCUUCAAAGGUGACCCCUCAACUGCAAACUUGUUCUAAUCCUUAUCCGCAGGUAAUGAUGUGCCUCGGCAAAGCCUUCACCCAUGUUUGGCCUCAUAAGAAAAUUAUUAUUGGACUGUAAUCAUUUAGGAAGGGCAGCAAGCAGUGGCAGGUGAGCUGCCGUAAAGGUAUUGAGAUGGCAUUCCCUUAAGGCCUCUGCAGUGGCUUUACAUGGAAAGUCAUGUCUUUGAUGCAUUUAUUUUGUAAAAGAAAAUCUUGUCAUUACUAUUACUGUCUUAUAAAUUAUCAGCUGUAAAGCUCU